AUGUGCCACUUUCAGGUCUCUUCACACUGCUGGUGUGUUAAAUUUUUUGACAUAGGGUGCUGGCAGAUUACGGGCCUCCCAUUGCUGCUGCCAGACAUGUAAUCUGCCCUGGGUCCCUGUACCGCCUCCCAUUGCUCCCACUCUGCCAUGUGCCACUUUCAGGUCUCCUCACGCUCCUGCUGGUUUCCAUUUUGUCAUAGGUUGCUGUAUGGCCUCCCAUUGCUGCUGCCUCCACCGCCACACUGUGGCUCCAAACACUGGUUUUGGCCCCGUGACUGGCCAAAGGAGUGAAGUGUGCAGUGAUUCUAAGAUCGACGGCACUCAUCUGCAUGUCAUACUGAGAAUAUUGUCCACGAAUUCGCCGAAUCAGUCGAAUCGAAUUUUUUCAUUUCUUCGCUCAUCUCUAGUUAUA